ACGGAUAUCCAAAUCCUGAAAUGCGUGGUGAAGCUUUGUAGCUUUGAUGAAACAAACCACAGCCUCAAGUAUUUCUUCAGGAAUUAGAACUGAGACCCUCUUUCUAUCUCCCUGAUUCGGAGCUGCUCUCAGAAGCAAAGCAAUCGAAUCCAAGGAAUUCAGAAAUGACAGUAGCACCUUCGCUUUCUCGCCUCCACUCCCCAUUUCUGUAUUGUCCUCUCAAGCCGACUUCUUCUGCCUCUCUAUCCCUUACCUUCUCCAGAAAUCAACGAUCGCCAGCAUCAUAUCCACGCAUCAGAGCUAUAGAUCUUGACCAAAAUACGGUGGUGGCACUUUCAGUGGGGCUAGCGAGUUUGGCAGUUGGAAUAGGCAUUCCGGUCUUCUAUGAAACCCAAAUUGAUAAUGCUGCAAAGCGUGAAAAUACUCAGCCCUGCUUUCCCUGCACUGGUUCGGGAGCACAGAGAUGCAGAUUUUGCAUGGGAACUGGCAAUGUGACGGUAGAACUUGGUGGAGAUGAAAAGGAAGUCUCCCGAUGCAUUAACUGUGAUGGUGUUGGCACAUUGACGUGCACUACAUGUCAGGGCUCAGGAAUUCAACCUCGAUACCUAGAUCGCAGAGAAUUUAAAGAUGAUGAUUGAAGCCCAGCAGAACCAAAUCCAGCAACAUCCGCUGAUUUGCUUUCAGUUUGAUGGCUUUAAACUUGUUAGUUCCAUUGAAUCGAAGAGCUUGGUAACUUCCACCAAGCACUUCUUUUUGGUAACUGUUCGCGUGCAUUCUUCUAAUGUAGAUCUGUGGUUAAUAACACAAACAACGUUGUAUGAAGAGAGAAGAAAUAACUGUACUAUCCCGAGUUUAUGACUUCA